AUGCUCAGAAGCCGCAUAUGGCAGAAGAGAGCUUUGAUCUCUUCCAGAACCUUCUUUUCACCCGCUGCUUCUUCUCAUUGUUCAUCAUCUUCUUCUCCCACGCUUCCUUUUCGAUUCGCCAAACCUAAUGCUCCUUCUUCACGUGUCAAUUUCAAUUUAGCACGUGUGAACAGGUGUUGGUUCUCCACACAACCCGCCCUGGACCUUCCCGCGAGCAAGGUAGUGGACGUGCCGUUGGCGCAAACCGGUGAAGGAAUUGCAGAGUGUGAGCUUCUCAGAUGGUAUGUCCAAGAGGGGGAUUAUGUUGAAGACUUUCAACCGCUCUGUGAAGUUCAAAGUGAUAAAGCUACUAUUGAAAUUACGAGUCGCUACAAAGGAAAAGUUUCUAACAUUCUCUACGUUCCUGGUGAUAUUGUGAAGGUUGGAGAAACUCUGUUAAAGAUAUUAGUUGAUGACUCUGCAUUACCUUUAGUGAGUCUUGGUGAUUCAGAAAUUGCAAAGUCACCUGAUUCUGACAAGACAUUAGCUAAUGAGCCCGUGUAUACUACAGUAGUUGACAAUUCAGAUAAUGCCAACUUAAUAGAUUCUGAUCUUGGAAAAGGAAGACAAACUGGAAUUCUAUCAACACCUGCAGUAAGAAGUCUGGCAAAGCAACAUGGUAUAGAUAUAACUGAAGUCUGUAGCACAGGAAAAGAUGGAAGGGUUUUAAAAGAAGAUGUGCUGAAUUUUGCUGUCCGGAAAGGAAUCAUUAAAAAUCCAUCUACACUCUUGCAUACUGAUUCCGGAGAACAGCCUCAAGGAGCUGAAGGAAACAACUACACUGUCGCAACUAUGUCUCAGAGUCAAUCUGAGGACAGGACACUUCCCUUUAGGGGAUUCCAAAGAGUAAUGGUAAAGUCAAUGUCCCUGGCUGCUAAAGUCCCACAUUUUCAUUACGUGGAUGAGAUAAAUUGUGAUGCUCUAGUGGAGCUUAAAACAUCUUUUCAGAAAAAUAAUCCUUUUCCAGAUGUUAAGUACACUUUCCUUCCAAUAUUAAUCAAAUCACUAUCAAUGGCCGUCAGGAAGUACCCCUUUAUGAACAGUUGCUUCAAAGAGGAUUCAAUGGAGGUUGUCCUCAAAGGUUCACACAAUGUUGGAAUUGCUAUGGCGACGCAACAUGGUCUAGUUGUGCCAAACAUAAAAAAUGUUCAGUCUCUUUCCAUAAUGGAGAUAACCAAAGAGCUGGCAAGGUUACAACAAUUGGCUUCAAAUAACAAGUUAACUUCUGAGGAUAUAUGUGGUGGCACUAUUACUUUAAGCAACAUUGGAGCAAUUGGUGGAAAGUUUGGUUCCCCACUUAUCAAUCUACCUGAAGUCUCCAUUAUUGCCAUUGGUAAAAUUCAGAAAGUUCCACGGUUCGCUGACAAUGGAAAUGUGUAUCCUGCAUCGCUCGUGACUGUUAAUAUUGGUGCAGAUCACAGAGUAUUGGACGGAGCAACCGUUGCCAGAUUUUGCAACGAGUGGAAGCAGUUGAUUGAAAAUCCCGAGCUCCUCACUUUGCAUUUGAGAUAA